AUGGCUGCGUCAGACGAUCUCAUCAACUUCGAUGUGAUCGAAGCCAGCAAAGAGAACAUUCAAGCGCCCCCCAGCGGCCGUUCCGCAAGGAAGCUCGCCGAGACCUUUUCCCCUUCCUCAGCACUCACAUCAAAGUCAGCAAGACCAGCGCUCCAAAGCCUCGCCACACCAACACCAGCAGACACAAAGACCAUAAAUGACUGCAUACGUGCCGAGUACGAGUCCGAGAUUGCCAACAUCGCCGAGGCGGAUGACCCCCUCGACGUAUAUGACCGAUACAUCCACUGGAUCCUGGACGCAUACCCGUCGGCACAAGCGACACCCGCGUCGCAGCUACAUACCGUGCUCGAGCGAGCGACCAAGGCGUUCGUCAGCGCACCCCAAUACAAGAACGACCCUCGCUACCUGAAGCUUUGGCUUCUCUACAUAUCUUUCUUUGCCGACUCGCCGCGCGAGACUUUUGUGUUCCUCGCCAGGCAUGGCAUCGGUGAGACGCUCGCUCUCUUCUAUGAAGAGUAUGCGGCCUGGUUAGAGGGCGCAGGAAGAUGGGCCCAAGCCGAGGAGGUCUACAAGCUGGGUAUCGAGAGGGAAGCACGACCUACGGCCAGGAUUGUGAGGAAGUUCGGCGAGUUCGAGCAGCGCCUGGCCGCACAGCCGGAGGACGCAGGCCCUUCCAGCCCUGCUCUUCCCACCGUCAGACCUGCGCUGGCGGCCAAGGUCGACCCGUUUGCAGCCCUGGAGAGGGAUCCCCAAGCACCGAGCCAGGCAAGCGGUCUUGGCGGACAGAAACCCAAGUCAUCCAAGCCGAAGAUGCAAAUCUUCUCGGACGCAGAUGCUGCGCCGCCGUCUGCCAUGGGCUCACGAGAGUCCGGCUCAAAGGGCUGGGAUUCGAUCGGUUCAUUAGCGGACAGGAGGAAAGAGAACGUGAUGGCGCCCAAGCCAUGGGCAGGCGAGACCUUGCAGACUGGUGGGAAGAAGAGCACCGGGCCCAAGAUGUCGGUGUUCAGGGAUCCGUUCAAGGCCCAAAUUUCUAAAUCUCAUAUCACGAUUGCUCCCUCGCACUAUCAAGUGACCGUGAACCCUACAAAUGGCAAAAAGGAGCGAGUAUUCGUUGACCUGCAGGCGGUAUAUCCAAGCCCUGAAGUGCCAGGCACUGAAUUGAGCUUUGAGGAGGUAUGGGCAUCGAACCGUGGCUGGCUUGACCACUCAUGGCAGAGAGAUGCAGUAGCUGGUGCACGACGUUCAAAAACCGUCAAAGGGGGCGUGCCAACUCCGCCACCAAAAGAGGCAGCGAAGUUGCUGGUCCGUCAGGACGUCGUUACCCUGGAUGAGAAUGGCCGUCUCCCGGAUCAACACCGCGCAGGAAGAAAGAAGAAAAUGGCAGAGGUCAAUGAGACUCAAAUCAUCAAAGCGAAGCUAGACUCGCCAACUGGUCCCAAAACCUUGAAGAAGAAACAUACGUCCGAGCCGACAAUGACCAUGCACACCAGGGCUGCCACAGACGACAUUUAUGACAUAUUCAACGCACCUUUGAAACGCGCUUCUGAGGAGGCGGAUGAGAAUGCGGAUGACGACGAAUAUGAGACAGACAGCAAUUAUACCGCCAGCGUCGGAGAAAGUACCUGCACGACUCGACAAAUUACGACAAGUGAGGCCGGCGAUACAGAAGAAGACCAAGCAGCUCGAGAUGACGAGACAUCGGACGUCAAGAGUGUCAGCGGAUGGUCUGACUUCUCUGCGGGACGACACAUUCCUGGCAUUGACAGGGACGACGAAGAAGAUGACGACGACCGGUCUGUCCUGUCUGACUUGAUCAACAUCAGGGAUGCAGACCCUUCUUUAGCCUUCACCGAGCAUACCAUCACCGCGCCUGAAUUCAUUGAUGAUGACGAUGAAGACAUGGACACCCCAAUGUACGACGACAUGUCCCCGCCCAGGACGAGAACUACCUUUGUCCCCUUGCCUCCGGAGGACUAUGUUGCCGUGACACGAACAUACAGGGACCCGUCUGAGAUGGCUAACAAUCGCCUCCCCUUUAUGACGCCCAUCACGGAGAAGACCGAAUCUUCGCUAAAGGUCGAUUCUGACGACAAUGACCGCUACGGUACCAAUAAGACUCCUAGCAGGAAGUAUGGUGCUUCGCCGCGAGGGGUCGAGGAUUAUGAGCCGAUGAGCAGCAGCCCUCUAGAGGAAGUGAUCCAUGAGGAAUUCUCUCCCGUGAAACACAUAUCACUGCCUCUGCUGCCGAAGUCAAGACCAGCCCUGGCACCCAAGACGGACUCGAGGGCAGCACCGGCCAAAGGCCCCAUCAUAAGUGAGGCACAGUGCAACCCAGUAGACGAUGAGGUUCGAAACAAAAUCCUUGAGGAAUCUCACCCGCCCUUGACUUCUUGUCUAGGGCUUUUUGACCAUCGAUCCGAGAGCUAUGGGAGAGGAGGCGAAAUCCGCAAAUUUAUCAAAGCAUGCAGAAGCAGCAGGAACAGCACAGACAAGACAGCGAAUCUUGGCGCUUCGCCUAUCAUACGUCUCCCCGGAAUCGAGACCGAGUACACGGUCAAGAAGGAACUGGGCGCAGGUGCUUUUGCGCCAGUGUACCUGGUCGAGAACUCGUCGCCUGAAGAGACAGGAGACGAGGAUGCGCCGGUGGUCAUGCACAAGGGGACUCUCUCUUUGGCACAUAACCAACGCAGGCGCCUAGAAGCACUCAAGAUGGAGACCCCUCCUAGCGCUUGGGAGUUCCACAUGAUGCGCCUGGCCCACGAUCGGCUCGGUCCACAGGAACGCGCAACAGCCUCUCUCUCCUGCGCCCUUGAGAUGCACCUCUACCAAGACGAGGGGUUCCUCUUGCUUCCGUUCCACCCCCACGGCUCGCUCCUUGACGUUGUCAACAUCUUCCGAGCGGAGUCCUCUGGCGUCAUGGACGAGAGUCUCGCCAUGUUCUUCACCAUCGAGCUAUUCCGCACAGUCGAGGGGCUGCACUCGAGGCAGAUCCUCCACGGCGACCUCAAGGCCGACAACUGCCUCCUCCGACUGGGCGGCGAGGCCCUGAGUUCACAGUGGCGGGCGGACGGGACCGGUGGCUGGGGCUCACGCGGUGUGACGCUGAUCGACUUCGGGCGGGGCAUCGACAUGCGCGCGUUCGUUCCCGAGGUGCAGUUCGUGGCGGACUGGAAGACAACGGCGCAGGACUGCGCCGAGAUGCGCGAGGGCCGCCCUUGGACGUGGCAGAUCGACUACCACGGGCUGGCCGGUAUCAUCCACUGCCUCCUGUUUAGCAAGUACAUCGAGACCGUCAGGUGCGACGCCGGCGGGCUGGGGACGCAGGCCGGCCGCAAGUACAGGAUCCGAGAGGGUCUCAAGAGGUACUGGCAGACAGAGAUCUGGGGCGAGUGCUUCGACAUGUUGCUCAACCCGGGCGGGCACGUGGAGGACGAAGAGGGCAUACGCAUGCCGCUGCUGAGGGGCAUGAAGGCCGUGCGAGAGCGGAUGGAGGCGUGGUUAGAGGCCAACUGCGAGAAGGGCGCAGGCCUGAGGUCGUUACUUGGUAGGGUGGAGGCUGUUGCAAAGGCGAGGAGGGUGUGA